GCUUUACACAGUAUGGCCGGCGAUAUUAGCUAGCACUCGCUAACUGUAUUCUCUGCAAAAGGGAAGACGGCAACUUAAGAAAAAUCAACACCUGGAUUGCUUAAAGGACUGUACCUCAAUAAAUUAUACCUGAGCGAGGAAGGAUUAAUUAAGCUGUAAACGUUACAACCGACGUUCAAUCCUUUUUGUUGGGUGUGUGUUGUCUCAUGAUGGAAGAUAACGGUGCACAUUUCUUCGAGGGGACCGAGAAGCUGCUGGAGGUGUGGUUCUCCCGGCAGGAUGCGACCAAAGGGACCGGGGACCUCCAGACCAUACCAAGGUGGGUGUCUUUGGAGGAGUCAGGUGUGGUGUCAGGUCCCAGCGGCUGAAGGUAGACUCUGCUGGACUGCCGUCUCUGCCUGUAUUACCUUAUUAGCGUUUAACCGAUAUAACACAGUAAAAGCUAAAUAUUGUUCUUGAGGAACUAGUCUUCUCCUUGUAGUUCACAUUUAUGAUUCGAUGAGCUGGACGCCAACAGAGACACAUUUAGUCAGCAGUAAACCAGCUCGCACCAUCUGUGGAAAAUGGCCACCUCCCCCUAAAAAGAGGCUCUGUCAGGCUGAGUCAUUCAUUCUUUACUAAGGAAAUAUACCACCAUAAACAUCACAAACCACUGAUUCUAUUGUUCACUCAUCAUGUUGUGCGAUACAUCAGUGAAAUAACGUCAAAAUCCUGUCGGCACAACGACUUAGUGCGUAACUGUUAACAUUAACAGUCUUCCGGUGUUCUGUCGAGUUUUGCUUCUUUCAGGAAAAAACUGUACCGUUGCUCUAUGCACUACUUCAGGGGCUAUGAUUCUAUGCUGUUUAUUUCAGUAAGUUUACUAUAAGAACCACAGGGGGAGCAUGUUUUGGCUCCCUGUUGUUAAACUUUUAUUAGACAUUUCAGUCGAGGCAUGCUGCCAGAUCUACCCAGAACAGACCCGCUGUGAAAAUCUACAUUUCCAGAGUAAUAUGUGGGGGGCAUGUUGGGCUGUGUAUUUACAGAUACACUUGAGGAUCAGAAUAGUCUUCAACGUUAACCACUAUACGAUCCAAGUGGUGACAAGCUCCCGGGAGUGUUCUUUAGCACAUGCGCACAGUCGCCUAGAAGCACAUCUUGAUAGAAAGCACAAUUCGGCAGAACACCAGGCUCAGCUAGCUUACCCAGGCCGAUUUAAGGGAGAAAUGUUUAAAUAUUUAGCUGCCCGCGUUUCUUUCAAGAACGAUUUAACGUUUUUACAGUAUGUUUGAAUUAGUUUGUUCUCCUAGUCUUGUCAGCUGUCUGUAUGGCAGCAUUAGGCGGGCUUGGCGACUGCUUUUCCUCGUGGCUGCUCACGCGUUUAUUAUCUUCCCAUUGGUGUUUGAUUACUGAUAUCAAGCUGAUAAAAACUACGCGAGUUUUUGGCAGUUAAACCGGACUUUUAAGACAGGCUUGUGUGUUUGUGUCACUGUAAAAUGGGAUUGAUUUAUUUCUGCGUCAUUCGACAACGAGGCCCCAUACUGACUGCGCGAGCAUGUGGCUGUUCACCGCGUGUUGCCUCAGUUAAAGCAACCACCUCAACACCCAGAGAGAAGAAUACAUUCAUAUGCACAGAUAUUCAGGGAGAAAAGAAGUCAAAUUAGGAGCACAUGUAUCCACAAUUUAUCAUAAAGUUGUCUUUCAUUAAUGUUCAUUAAUAUGGCUCCAUUCUGGGUGCUGUUGGGAUGCAGGAGUUUGGGGUUCAGCCAGCCAUGCAGGUGUCCUAAAAUAAUGAGAUCCUGUACUAUCAGAACAGGUGUGCUGCUGUGUCUGAAUCUGAGAUGGGCAGGUGACUCAAUGUUGUGUCUUCGCUAUUGAAAUCAGGCUGUCUGAAAUUUGUGAGAGGGUGAUGUUGUUUGUGGUUCAAAAUAUAUCUCUUUAUGUCUUUUGGAAAUAUUGGACAUUUACAACAAAAGUUUCAGGGCCCUAUUAAAGAUGUGAAAAGUUUUUUUGAAUUAAAUAAUAGUUACUGGGUUAAGGUCAAAACAUUACUAGAAUAAAGAGGUAUUUUCACAAGAAUACAGGUGUAGUUGAUAUGGGAAUAUAGUUUUAUUGUGCAUGAAUGAAGUAAGAUAAGAUAAGAAGAACUUUAUUGAUCCCCAAAGGAAAUUGAAGUGUCUGGAGUCUCAUGUCAUUUGCUAUUGACAGAAAGUAAUAUAGCUUUGGUUAACAGUUAAAGUUAUCAUACUUUUUGCCUUCUCCAGCUGCUUUCCCUGCUCUCCUCUCCCCUCUUGCCUCCUUCUGCUCUUCUCCCAGCUCUCAUAUAUUCAUAGAACAUAAAUACUUCCUCCAGUAAUUUAAGGAACUUACUGUAAAUUUCAUUAUUCUCUUACAUGCUUCAGUUCUCCUUUUUGUAGAAUGAUUUUCUUAUAUUUUGUGUCAGGGGCAUUAUUUAUGUUGUCGUCAGUUUCUGGAAUAAAUUACACACCAUUUUUCAAUCAGGAGUGAUACUAUUAAAGAGUCUCAAAUAUUUAUUUUUGUUUUGGUACAGUCUCCCAGUUAGUUGUACCUUGCCUCUGGAGCCAGUGAGUUGCUGGUUUAAGUCCUGGGCUGGGACAUGAGGCUGGUAGAUUGAUGGGUGUUAGUGCUCUUUCUUUGAGGCGCUCCUGAAGGUGGUGUUUAACCUCCAGCUACUCCAGGUGUUCACUCCCUCUGUACUGUGCGGGCCUCUUUCUGAGGUCUCUUUAUGGGUGCAUAUCCAUAGGGUCCUGUUGAUGUGUGCAGGUUUGUGAUCCAGCCUGUGUGAGUAACAUGGUGAAAAAGAGUCAGAGAAAGUAAAUAUGUAAAAAAUAAUUUUACAGUUGAAGUGUUGCUGCGCUCUUAAGGUCACAGUCACAGAUAAUUUAGAUGUUAGGUCAACAAGAUUGUGUUUGAUUGCUGGUAACAGAGGAGGGAUCCUGGUUAAGAUCCUGGCUCGAAUGAGAGAGGCUUCUAAAUAAACACACACAUAACUUUAUCAGUCCUGUCAUUUGAAUGCUGUGGAGUUGCUGCUGGUUUUAUUGUCUAUCACAGACUCUAACACACUGCCAGGACUGGGAAGAGCAUUACAUUAUCUUACUGAAGUUAGAGUACAAGGACGUUAGUGACAGUUUACUUGAAAGAGACUGAUUAAUUUGGCAGACUACUGGCAUUUUGUCAUAAAUGGCUUACUGGCAUCAGCCCUCACUAUCAUCUUUUCUAAAUGAUAACAUGUCUGUCCAGUCACCCAUUAGACACAUAUCCAAACAGACUUUGACUAGUGUCUCAGUUGUGAAUUAUAUUGUAAUAUUUAGUAAUGACAACGAUAUCUGCUGUAUAUAGCAAUAUCUAUUGAUUCAUCAAACUGCACCUAACAGGAAAUCUGGACAGAAAUCCAAAUGUCACUUGUGGAAAUCUUUAACUGAGACAGAUCUUUUUCCAUUUACAUAAGUUUGAUUAAAUAUUCACUAAGGUUCAGCUUUUUUUUAUAAUUUUGUUGGUAUAACUUAAACUAAAACUGUCAAAUGCAAACAAACAAACACAAUGGGAUGUCUGUAUUAUAUAUCGGCCAACCUGAACUUCCCAUAAUCGGUAUCGGCAUCAGCCACUGAAAAGCUGUAUUUGGUCAACCUCUACAUUUUACUCCUCAAGUAUGAGUAGAACUAACAGUCUGAUAGUCUACUGAGUAUAAGUAAAACUACUUUAAUUGAAAAGUGCUUGAAUUGCUAAUUAUUUACUUUUAACCCAUGGUGGAGGCAGAAAAGUACAAAUGAACCCCCUCCAAAACGAAGCAGACGCAUAUUUCUCCAAACUUAUUGUUGUGUACAAACAGCAUUGGUGUGUGUAGUUAUUCUGACUGCUCCUAUCUAGGGGGAGGUUACUGAAUAUUUCUGCUGCUACUUUUUUCAGUGUGACACUUGGAAGACAGACCCUGCAGACUGAAGUCAUGGCUGGCUGCAGAGAGGAUUGUUACUUUAAGCCUAAAACAAAAGGACUUAUUGAUUGUAACGAGUAAAAGAGGUUGCAAAUGCUGCUGCAGGCAACAUGAUGAGUGUCUUGAGACAAGAUGUGAAACUUCAAGGAUUUUUUUACUCGUAACAUCUUAGAAAAGAUUAAUCCUGUGAGGUCACUGUAGCUUCAAGUAUGUGUAAUGACGUAUUUUGACUGGAAUCGAGAAACUUCACUUGGGCAGAUUUGAUAUUUUUCGGUGUAGACCUCAUCCUUCAUCAUGUAGCUGAUGAAAAGUUCGUAUAUGUAGGUUGUUUUCACUCAGUAACUGAUGGUGUUUAAAAUUGGGGCUUAGUAUUUUGCUUUGCACUAAAACUACUAAAGUAACAGUUAAAGUACUUUCAAUACUCCUUCACCGGAACAUGGUCAAAUGUAAUCAGUCACUAUCCAACCCUGCACAUGCUCUGCAGCCCUGUGAUCUGCUCAGAGCUCUGCUAACAUCGUGCAUGGUUCCUGUUCCUGUCACGUUUGCAGAAGUGCGUGCAGCAGCCCUCCCCUCCCCUCUCCUCUGAUUGGUCAGGAGGUGUCCCUGCUCAGAGGCACCGGGCUGCAUUCAAAGAAAAGGCUUUUGACCUUAGGCCUCUGUCCUACACCAUAAAAUCCAUCAUAUGGUGUUUGACCUGCUCCAGCUGAGCCAAAGGCAAAGUCAGUCCUAAAGGGGUUAGGGUCUGUGAUCAGAUGUGCAGAGGGGAUUCAUAGUCUGGAGAGGAGCAGGGUUCUUACUUAGAAGUACUAGGAUGAUGUAAACUAUAAAUAUUGAUGUAAGUUUGAUCAACUGUGACUUGUCGUAAUUAUUUCUAUGUCUGCAGGGACUGUUUCCUGCUGUAUGAAAAGUCAGGUGUCUCAGCACACAGACACAGUCAUGCUCAGGCAGGUGCAGGUUUGUUUAAUUAGACGACAAAUGCUCUCAGACUGCAUAGUAAAAGAAGCUUUGACUGAUAGAUUUGUGGUGAAAUGUUGCGUGGUGAAGCAGAAAAUCUGGAGGAAGAUAUUUUAAGAUCAGUGAAGACGGAGCUUUUAAAGUCCAUCAGUAUCAGGCAGAGUGCUGCUGAAGGCUCGUUUCAAACCCUCCCCACAUGACAACCUCUGAGACAUUUAUAGCACAGCGCUGUCUUCUACGGUGGCCUUGAAGGUCAACUGCACAAGCAUUACAUAAAACACUCAAACAUUGCACAUAUUGCUAAAUUAGGAUCAAUAAUUUAACGAAUGAUGAACAUUUAAAAAAAAAAAAGCAAACAAACAUUUCACAAAAAGACAAAAAUUGACAAGCUGCAAAAAUGUCUAAUAUUUUCAGGUUUCAUGAAACCGCUUUGCAUAAAGUGUUUCUACACUUUGUAAAGCAUUGUUUAGUUCUGUGAAAUGUUUUUAUGGCCAUAAUGAUUGUGCAUUUGCCAACAGAGCCACUGUAUUUUUUUUAAACAUAGUGUUCAAUUUUUUGUUGACAGAGCAACCAGACUUGUUUGAGGUUCUUGAUUGUUUUUCCUGUUUUCUAAAAGCCUUACUCAGAACUGAAGAAGCCUUUCAGAAAAGAGACCUGGAUGAAUGAGAACCUACACAGACAUCUUAACAUACAAUGAUGGGCAGAGGUUAUGGUUUGCAGUUUGGGGCAGUGAGCUGUGGCUGGUGUUGGCUUUGCAAAGAUAGUGGAAUAAAGUGGAGAUGUUCCACUCUGUUGUGAUUUACACUGAUACUAUCUGUCAAGAAACCAGGUCCCCACCCUCUCCUGUGAUUAACUGAACUCCUCACUAGAACAAACUCAGCUAUAUGUUCUCUACAGACUGCCUGACACUACCGGUUUUUCCUGAAGUGCAGUAUGUGGAGGGACUCAGGCUAAAUCCGCCUUGCACUACGAGUGACUCUCAGGUCAUUGACCAGAUGACAGAUGGGUUAAGGAAAGUGUGUGGCUGUCAGGUGAGUGAGGAGGACCAGCAUUAAUUUACAGCCAGAGGGCAGAUUAAGGGCUCAGAGGGACUCUGUCAGUGGUUCAGGCUGUUUGGACCUCAGCCAAUGUCCAAAUAAGUCCACAGGGGCAUCUGAUUCACAACUGUGGAGCUCGCUCACAUUACCUCUAUGGGGCUCUGCAGCUGCUCGCCAACUCGUCCUGUAAGUCAGAAAGUCUACGUCAGCAUCUCCACACCUGAGCUGUCCUGAGGUCUCAAAGGCUGAAGGGAGAUCACAUUCAGUGAAUUCUGUCAUCUAAUAGUGUCAGAUCCUCUGAGCUCUGCUUCCUUCAAAGCUGUAUCACUCAAAUGUCCUAAGUGCAUGUUAAAGAGUCUCUGAAUGGUCUCUGGUAGUCUGAUCUGGGUCUUUCCUGGAGUCUGACUUUGAGCAGCCAGAAACAGGCUGUGGUGCUGAUUUCACCCUGACACAGGAGCUCAGAGGGCUGCAGGAAUGCUGCCCUCUGGUAUGCAGCCAGCGUGUUGCAACAGCCCUAAUGACAGCACAGUGAAAAAAAAAAGUUAAAGAUAAUCUUAACCUGUCAUACCUUGGUGCCUCAUUCUUUGCGGGAAGGUGAAGCAUAUGUUUUGCAAUGUAGAGAAUGAGCUGUCAUCUUAAAACGCAGGAAUACCAGGGUCAAAAGUUUGUCAUUCUUGUCUGUAGACAGGUUUAUAACCACCAGUGAGUCACACCUGAGCUAAAUGGUUCACAAACGUAGUUUCAAAUGAAAACAGUCAUAAGAGUUCAGUGUUGUAAAAACAGAAGAGGAAGAUCCAUUCACUUUAAUGAUCCAUGAGGUUAUUGUUCCUGCAGCAGUUUAUCCAGGCACAGCAUGGACACAAAUAUACACAAUGAGUUUACAUAGACACCAGAAGAGAGGAAUAUGUUGCACAUCAAACUGAAUAAACUCAACAAAUCAUUUCGACACAACUGUAAGCAGCGUAGUGACAGCAUUUUAACAAUACACAACUCUAAAAUUUGCUUGAAGAGACGAGGCAAUGCUAUUCUGUGUUUUACAAACUGAAGUGAAAACCAUAGUCAUAACUAAAAAAAAGAAAAAAGAGAGAUCUAGGCCUACUCAGUAUGACAACGUAAAAGCUCAAACGUUAGCCUGUGUAAGUGAGUGUUGAAGAAUGAAAACUAGAGACAAUUCCUAACAAUAAAGAGCUGGUAUGCCUUUUCACAUAUCAUUAUAAAGUAUUGUAUUUAAAUGUUGUGCGUCUACUUCUUCAAAAAUUCACAGCGGAACUAAGCGAUCCACACUAGAUUUACUCAUGCAAGGACACCACUGAUUGGUGGAUCUCCUUAUGAGGUCAAAAUGAACAAAACACUGAUCAAUCACAUUCAUUCCACUCUACUAUCACCAUGUGCUCGAGGAAAUAAGUGCACAUGCUAUAGAUUGGUGUGGUAUUUUGAAAAACAUGUCAGCAGGGGUGCUGUGCAAAAAAAAAGUCAACAGAUGGCAGCGGGCCAAAACACAUGAUGCUUUACUCAUCUCAAAUUGAGAUAAAAGGGGCUUCAGUCAGAACUGAAAGUAUGGGAGCAUUUGGGAUAAAAUAUCGACCUAACAGGACAUAACUACGUCUACAAAUGACAAAACACCAAUCUGAUUAGCUGCCAGCAACCACAGGCAGGCUUGCUACACAGAGCCAAUGCACGCCAACACAACAAUCUCAGAAUAACAACUUUCUACUCCUGAUUUCCCUUAGCUUAUCAAUAGGCUCAAACCAUCACAAAAACACUUUUGUGCGUAAUUUUGAAAGAGUUGUGCAAUUAAUGCAAUGUGACGAAGGCCUCAAGCUGAUAAAUUCACUGUGUAAUCCUCACUUUUUGGUUCAUUUAAUUGUCGGCGUCCACAGGCUGCUUCCAGUAUGAGCUGUGCAAACUGAUUUGUGUGGGGAAAAACUCAAUUUUGUAACUUAAAACUCUGCUAAUAGGGAUGGCGAGAGACUUAAAAAGAACAGGGCAGAGGAAAUCAGCAGCUGUGUGUAGAGAGCAGGGGUGUGUGCAGGGGGAGUAGGUAAGUGGAGGAAAGGGGAUCCCAGUAAAUAAGGCUUGGAAUAAACACUUGAUCAAGGUAUAAUUCAAAUAGCCAGAUAAAAAAAGGCUUGUGCACUGUGUCUAUUUGUAAAACCAUUCUUCUCACAUUAUUGACACAUGCAACUGAAUGUGAUUAAUCAGUCACAAAGCCUGUAAUUAUCUAGAUAAUAUUCUUAGAAUUGCUUCACCGCGCUUGUUUUAAGUAGAGGGCACCUUGAAAACUAGGUCUUUGGUCUUACUACAAUUAUUUACAGAUAUGUAUCACAAUACAAAUCCUGGAACAUAUCACAAUGUGUAGCAUAUUGUGGACACUGUAUCAGAAGACCUAUCAUAUCAUGACCCAGCAACUGUGAAGGAGGCUUCUGAAGUGUUGUGUUCUUGAAUGCUGGAUUCUUGAAUGGCACGUUUUAGUAUGUGAAGUCCUGAAAUAGUUGAUUCUUGGAUGCUGUGUACAAGGGGUGGGAGAAAAAAACGAUAAAGCAAAGUAUUGCGAUAUUUUGUUUGGUGACAUAUCAUAUUGUCUUAUUUACAAAGUAUUGAUUUUUUUUUAAAUUGAUGAUUCAUAUGAAGUCAAAUCUAUGAUAACAGAAAAAUAAAAUCACCUGUCCAGUGAGGUUGGCAGAGGUGACAUCAUAGAGCAGGAAACAAAUAUAAGGUUUGCAAGAUGUGUAAAAUACAGCGUAAAUGAGACAAACAUAAAGGAAGGCCAAAUGCUAAAUUAGCUUAACAAUUGAAUAAAAUUGUAUAAAUGGUAAUCAUUGUAUCGCUAUACUCGCCGUACUGCAAAUUGUUAAAAAUCGCAAUUAUAUUGUAUCGUGAUAAUAUCGUAUCGUGGGGCCACGAGUGAUUCCCACCCCUACUGUGUACUAGAAUGCUUGGUUCAGGACUGCUAGGUUUCACAACAGUUGUUUCUGAAAUGCUUGGUUCUGCAUAUCUUGUUCUGGAACAGGAUAUGUUCAGAAAUAGUCAGCGUGGUGACCUUCUGGUAAGAGCUGAACCAUCUUGUGUAGUAGUAAAAACCGCCAUAACUCAAAACCCUUCCUUAAUGGAUACCCCCAGCCAAAAAAAAACGAACAGCAUGAAGAAUAUGUCUCCUUAGUCCACAGACUGACUGUCUUCACUGAUCUGUCAUAUGGGGGGACUGUGGUCAUAAAGGAAGAUGCAGCAUUAGUAUAGAGUCAAACAGAAGUUGGUUGCAUGCUUAGUUUUAACCUCCUAAUGUGACUCUGUGUGUGUGCGCAUGUGCGUGUGUCAUCACAGUAUGCCUGAACAGGAGCUGCUCAAUAUUAAUGACUGCUGUAGUUUGACUCUGGUAACAUGACCUUCAGUAACCAAGGGAGAUGGAAAACGUGGGUUGGAGUGGUUUCGUUUAAAAAUAAAGUCACAUGGAGCUCUUAGUAGUAAUUAUAAUUUAAUCUUGAUGUUAGAGGAGGGCUUAGAGUAUGAUACAUUAUUGUGACAUUUUUUUUCUGAAUACGAUCAUCUGUUAAAAUGGCCUCUGAGUUACUGCAGUGUUUACAUGACGAUAUUUUUAGCACUUUCAGAGUUUGACUUUUAUGAUAUAAUUAAUGUUUUCUAGUGUAGCCUGAGGUACAUAUGAAUGAGAGGCUGAAUGUUAAACAUUUUACAGUUUUACACAGAUUAUUUUCAUAUCCAAAUAUGUUGGUGUUGAUCGAACUUCAUAUUGCAGGUGAAGAGCUUGUCAUCAGGUAGUUAAUGACCGGAUAUUUCACCCCUCCUGUCUGGGCAGAGCUGUCACCACCAGGAGUACUAGUAGCGUUCAGUCUUGUUAGCCAUGGAGGCACCUUUUUGGCUCAGAGAUACCCUCAGAAAAGGGUGUUGGUGCAUCUUUCUUUUUGAGGGGUAGGCUGUGCAACAUUAGACUGCUGGUAUAUUCCCUUUAGAGAGCCGGUCGGCCUCCUCUCGAUCUUUCUCUGCUGGUCUAGGCCUUGCGGGGCUUCCUGCCGGACGCUCUGAAUGGGUCUGAGCAGCUCCUGUGAGAUUGGAGCGAGAGAAUGUGACGCAGCUGCUUUUAGCACUGCAGCUGUCUCUGAGUGCUGGCUGUGCUGGGAGGAGGAGGAAGAAGAGGAAGAGGAGGAGGAGGAGAGGGGGGAGGCAGGACGCAGCCUUCUUGUUGUUGUGCUACCUGUGCUCUAUAUUUUCAAAACAGGGUCCAUGUUUAGCAUAUCUUUUAAAGUUAGAUCUUUAUAAUCCUGCAGUCUGAAGUAUUUCUUCUUUACUUUGUAAGCCUGCUGAAGUAUUAGGGUCAAUCCUCCCCCCUCUGUAAAUGCUACAUUUUAAUGAAUUCAUAUACUGACGCUGUUCUGGAAAGAGCUAUAGAGCUCUAUUUCAUAUCUACUGUAUGUGAGAUAAUUGUACGUGCUUCCUUUUAUAAGGGGGGCAUUGUGGAUUUUUAAACUUUACACAUAAAUAUGAAAAUAGAUGCUGUGAGUGGUUGUUUCAAAAAAGUCACAUGAGAACUGUGUGAAAGGACAUGAGGUUGGCUCAUAUCAUGACGUCACAGAUUGGUGAAUCUCCUUGUAAGGACAAAAGAAACAAAAGGUUUACUUGUUCACUGUUGCUGCAGAUUAUUUUGAUCCUUUCGAAGCAUUUUAGGUUAUCAGUGGCCAUGUUUACAUGUACAAAAUGUCUUGAUCCGAUUAAAGAAAUCUGAAUCCACUGUUUAUAUGGGUGCAAAAUCAAAUAAUCCGAUCAUGACGUACGCAUGCAUGCACCAAGCUCUAUCCAGAUUAGAAGCAUUUGGACAUGAGCAGAGUUAUCUAAUUUCACUAAAACAACCGCAGAAAGAGAGUCGUAUUCACAGCUGCGCUGUCAACAAACCAACAAAUGUGGUAGUGGCUCACGUCAUCCGGUUCAGGAUUUUUCCCUCCACUCAUAACGGACCUGAGCCAGGUUCUGAGAGCAGUCGUAUUGCUCCUAGCAUACAUGAUCAUCAUACAGGCCCAGCAGCAUGGAGUGAUCCUGUGUAACAUGAGGAAACUGUAUCCAGCAUCUUGUGUCAGACACAGACCAAUUGCUCUUGGAUCCUGCCAUUUUUACGUCUUGUCACUAACGGCUGACUUAGGGCACACAUGCAAUCAGGUUUUUUUUCCCCACCCAACAGAGAGUCACAAUCCGAAUAAGUGUUUAUAUUGGCCCGUUUUGAAAUAAUAAUCAGCAUUAACCACCCCUCUUGAUUAGAAUACAAUUUCUUUCUGAUUAACUUGAAUCGGUUCAGAAUCUUCCGAUCAACAUGUUUACAUGACACAAUUUUCUUCCGAUCAGGCCUUUUAUUCUGAUUAUUUGUGCUCAUGAGAACACAGCUAGUGAGUAAAACAUAUAGAAAACAAUCAGCAUUUCAACUCCAAGAACAACAGUGAACAGUGAAUACAGAGGAGAAGCCUUCAGAAGGAUGGACUCUGGAAUGUAAAGUUCUAAAAAUGCUAAAUUCUCAAAAUGCUGGGUUCUAGAGUGUUAGGUUCUGGAGUUUUAGGCUCUAGAAUUAUGUGUGUUGAAUGCUGGGUUCCAAAAUAAUGGGUUCUUGAAUUUUAGCUUCUAGAAUUGGGGGUUAAAUGCUGGGUUCUAGAGUAUAAGGUUCUUGAAUUUUAGGUUCUAGAAUUAUGUGUGUUGAAUGCUCGGUUCCAAAAUACUGGGUUCUGGAAUUUUGGGUCCUACAGUUAUGGGUUGAAUGCUUGGUUCUAGAGUGUAAGGUUUUGGAAUUUUAGGUUCUAGAAUUAUGGGUUGAAUGCUGGGUUCCAAAAUACUGGGUUCUGGGGUUCUUUAAAAAUGUCUCAAAAAGACAGUAGAUGAAAUGAAGCAGAGGCUAAAAUGAGGGUUUAAGACCUCAAUUAGAGAUAAAGGAAGAGUUUCUGAUCCCAUUGAAGCUGGGAACAGAGCUUUCAGAAGGUUGAUGAUUUCCUGUCUGUUUAAACAUUAUGAGAACACUUAAAGCUGAAAUUGUUGGCACCUUGACUACCACAGAGUGCCCUGUUUCUCUUUCUUAAGAUGUUCCUGCAGAAAGUGAAAGUCUUCCUGUAAAUGUGCAGAGAUCUCCAGAUCACACUGAGGUUGCUGAGAGUGUUGUCUUCAGACUGUGUCGUUCAUUCACUAACGAUAUUUUUCUGUUUUUCUCUCCUCCUCUGUCUGCAGGUUUGAGUGGGACAAACUUUUGGAGAAUGUGCAUUGUUUGAUCAUAAGUGUGACAAAGUCUGACAAGCAGGACGCUUAUAUACUCAGGUGAGUUUGUAUGUGUGUGUGUGUGUGUGUGGUUCUUUUUGUGUGUGUGACAGAUCUUGAAUGCAGACAGGAUUAGACCGCAGUGACCUGUAAGCUGCUUUCUGUUGACAGAACAGUGUCAGGUUAGGAGACCUACAGAGAAGUUCCAUUCACAUAUCCUCAUGUGGACUAACAUUGAACUCUUUCUCUUAUGUAAUCAGAGUAAUAGGUAUGUUUUAAACACCACAAAGAUUUCUGGACAGUAGGGCUGUAAAGUUCUAGUCGACUGGUCGACUUAUUGGUUGAUACGUGCUUAGUCGAGCAAAAUUCUGAUUGGUUGACUCGAUUUUUUCCCGCGUCAAUUUACAGUCUAUGGUUAAUUUAAUCGGGAGGGACGUACCAAGUGCUAAUGGGAGUGUAUUCAGAGCACCCCCGUUUCACAGAUAUCAGCCUGUCUCAGAACACCCCCCUUGUUUUCACUGUUUUGGACUAACCCCGACCCUCUGGAGACAGGAAGAUUGAAGAGCAUCCACGUUAACCAAUGACCGGUGGUUUGCUGAGUAUUUAUAUUUAUUUUCAACUUGCCUUUUGUGCUUAAUGCUUUGUUGUGCAGAUAUCAGUAUAUUUUCACCCUGCCGAGCCGAGGCGUCCCCCGCCACUAAAGGGUUUGCAGUUAGAGUCAGAACCCCCUGCCCCGAUUAGUCGAUUUUUGGUUGAAAAUUUCAGGGUUUUAGUCGACCAAAAAUGUCUUUGGUUGAUUACAGCCCUACUGUAUUGUCAACAUCAAGUCAGGCCUUUGUCCAGUUUCUGCAUCAGAUGAAAGAAGUAAGACUCUGGGACUGUGUGGUUGGAGGUUUAGGAAACAAUAAAUCCACAAAACAAUAAACUCCACAAAAGCCUUCUUUCUGGUCAAAGCUAUGAGUGAGAGAGUGUAAGCACUCCUCAAACAUCCUCAUCCAUCAGCGCUGGGUUUACUGAAGUGUGAAAAUCUGAGGAAUCAUUUUUAACUAAGGUUGUGGUUUCAAAUCUUCCAAACAGACUCGAAGAAUAAAAACAUCUCACCUUCCUCUCUUGUUAUCAUUCAACCUGCUCAUACCUGUCAUCUUGAUAUUGAACACAGCCGAUGAUGGACUGGCCAUACCCACCUGUGUUUUACAUAACAGCCUGCUAAGGACCAGCUUAUCUCAGUGACUGAAGCAUGCACACUGUGUGAUUGACAGUCCUUACCUGCUCCCUCAGGUUCAGAUCCAGCUCAGUGUCAGUGUAGAUCUAGAGUCAACAGAUUGUCCUGAAGAUUUUUGCUGUUUCUGUAGGGAGUGAAACAUGUUUUUGUUAAACCAACAAGGUCUAUGUUUAGUUCAUAGACAGUUGUUACAGUUUCUUCCAACUCUGUGGGAGCCAUGACACUUCAGAAACCUGUUAUUUUAUGCAUCCUUUUAACCACAUAGGUAUUCUGUGGUUUUCAUGAUUUCUCACAAACAGUUCUAUUACCUCUCUUAUUAAAUUGUUCACGUGUUUCUGGAAUUGCUGCUGUCACGUGGCUUAGGUUGCUGCGCUGCAAGUCCAAACAAAGGCCUCCAUAUUUCUCAAUGUUAUGUAACGUACUGUUUGGAUCUGUCAGAUUUGGAGGAAGUUCUUAAUGAGGGCCCUGAAGGGUAAAUCAGCUAUUUUAAAACCCAAUGCUUCACUGGAUGCAUUCCCAGCUAUCUAAUAACAUUACAGGUGUAAAAGCUUCAGUUUGAGCCAUGACAUUUCAUCGUUUCAGUCACGAGAUCCCACUGAGUUUCAUACUCUUCUACAGUAAAGGCCUAGUGAGUUAGCAGCCAUACAGAAUACCUCAAUUUAAACAUGUAUAAACAUGUGGAGAUCACAGCAGUCAACAGAUGAGUCAGUGGUUAUAGGGAAGGUAAUUUUCCCACAGAUCAGUCAAAAUCAGGGUUCAACUCGGGUCAAUUUAUUUAUAAAGCAUUUCAAAACAACCACAGCCCAAACAAAGUGCUGUAUAUAAUAGACAAAACAACUCAGGCUUAAAAACAAUAGAGAAAACAAAGCAGAUUAGAGGUCAGAGGUUGGUAACUGGUACUUGGUAACAAAAAGAUCAGUGAAAAAUGAUUUAGAGUCCUGUCUUCUCAGAGAACAAUAAUCUUAAAAACCAAACUCACCUACACUAAAAUACUGUUAGUCUGUGUAGAGAUGUGCUUUAUCCUUGAUAUAACAAUUAACUGAACCUCUUCCUUUGGGUUAGAGAACAUGAAGGCCCAUUCUCCUCAACAUUAGGCUGCUGCAGCCAGGCUGUCACAGUCCCAAAGAUUUUACUUUUUUUUUCAGCCAUUUCAGCACAAAAUUCUCAGAGGGACCUGGGUUUAAAAGUUUAAGAAUAACUUUUUUAAUGCUAUAGGUGUUCAUUAAUUUGGGCUGAAUCUAAAUCUGCUGAGUUUUGGCCUGGUGUUGGACAGAUUAAGCCUUAGAUUUAGAGGAACAGCCUGUCGGAAACAGAGGAAUGAGUGUUUCCUGUUGAGCUCCUGGUGUGCCUCUGGUCUUAUGUAAGAGUUGUGACGGUCAGUGGAGCAGCAGUAAUCUGAGCAGGUUUUAAACUCGUUUUGUACUGUUGUCCUCCACAGUGAGAGUAGCAUGUUUGUCUCCAAGAGACGUUUCAUUUUGAAGACAUGCGGAACCACCCUCUUACUGCAAGCACUGGUGCCUCUGCUGGAACUCGCCCGGGAGUAUUGCGGGUUUGAUGCCAUCGAGGUAAGACAGCAUCAUGCUGAGUUGAACACGAAUAAACAUCUGAGGUUGUCAGCUCCUGAUGUUCCUCAGUCAUCUUCUCAUUCACUCCUAUUCCUACAGAAUUUCUUCUACUCCCGCAAGAACUUCAUGAAACCAUCUCAUCAGGAGUUCCCUCAUCGAAACUUUCAGGAGGAGGUGGACUUUCUCAGCCAGAUUUUCCCCAGUGAGUGAAAUGAUCCUGCCCUCACUCUGAUUGGUGCAUCCUAAAAUAGCAGUGUCUCAUCAGGGUGUGCUGUAGCAUAUCUCUGGUUGUGUGAUUGGAGAGGGUAGAGACACUAUUAUAGAUGAUACACCAUAUGACUGCUUAAUGCCACCAGUGAAUUGUACUGAUGAUAAAACUGACACCUAUGCCUGUUUUUCUUUCAGAUGGUGCAGCCUACUGCAUGGGACGUUUGAACUCUGAUUGCUGGUGAGCAAAUCUCCAUCUGCUGCUCCAGUGACAUCCAUACAGAUAUGACUGUGGUAGAGACACUGAGCUCAAGUCUCAGCUGGUUUUAGAAAUAAGAUGUUUCAGUGGUUUAUCUAGAUUCUUUCUGAACAACAGGCCUAAUAAACCCCUUUGAACUUACAAGUAAAUGAUGAGUGGCCUGUUUCGGCAGCUGCACAGAGCAGAUCCUCCUUCACUAGUUUGAUGCUCUCUGAGUAAUGACUGCAUCACAACACUCUAUAACCUGUCUGCCUUUCAGGUACCUGUUCACCCUGGACUUACCUGAGUACUUGGAGAACAAGCAUGCAGACCAGACGCUGGAAGUUCUGAUGAGCGACCUCGAUCCAGCCAUUAUGGACCAGUUCUACAUGAAAGACGGUGUUUCUGCAAGUGAAGUCACUCGUGUGAGUACUCCUCCCUCAGUUGCAUGUUUGUCCCAUAUGUUCUCAGGGUCAAGAGUUCAUGGUUUUCUGCCUGUCUUUGCAGAUGAGUGGAAUUCGUGACCUGAUACCAGGUUCUGUGAUUGAUGCCACAAUGUUCAACCCUUGUGGAUAUUCAAUGAAUGGAAUGAAGGCUGACGUGAGUGAUUGUUUUAUACUUCCUAUUUAACCAUAAUAAACAGACUCUUUUUAAAAACAGACCCAGCUGGUCUGUCAACCACAGCCAUCAGACUGAAAUGAUCCGUGAACCUACAGAGAGCUGUAGCUCAUGUUCAGCAUCUUAUUCAGAAAGUAACACUUGGCCUAUUACACUUAACAGAACAGUUAUAUCACAUGGUCAUAUGACAUCUAGCCAAUCAGACAGUGAUGUGAAAAGUAACUCAAACUACAAAAAAAGAAAAUCUUACUCUAAAACUAAGCUUUCUAAAGCAGCCAUAAAAACGAAUCAGAAAUAAAGUGCAACAAAAACAAAAAGUCCAGAAUAAAAGAUGAUAAAAAUGUAAAGCUUGUCUGGUCCUGCUGUGGUGGUUUGAGUGAAAGCUCAGUCAAAUCUUUCCCCCCUGUCUUCUCUGCAGGGAUAGAGUUUUAGACUGGGAGCCAGCAGCAGUACCCAGGAUGUUUUUUUUUUUAAAACCUUUUUUUUCUCUGAGCACAUUCCUCGGGCCAUCUCUCAGGAUGAUAACGAUCACUCCCAAAUUAGGAUAGUUUGCCUUUGGGGGUCCAAAAACCUUCUUUUGGAAAAAUACUUUUGGCAUGAUGUUGUGAAUCCAGAAUAUAAGUUGUGACUAUGGCAUUUUAAGUCACAGAAGCAAGAUAUUUGGUAUAGAGUGUCUUGAAACACAGUGGAAAGUAAUAAAAUAUCACUCAUUUGUAUCUAAUAAAAUGGGAAUAUGACUUGAACAGUGUUCUAAAAAAAAUUAAAUGAAUGAAGUAGCUUUUAAACUGUGCACAACUGUACAACGGAGCGCUAUUUUGAUGCCUAACCCUAACCUUGUUUAUCUUUAGAAUUCAGCAAUCUUGACUUCACCAUACCACAUGCCGCUGUAGUAGUGGACCACUAACAAUAAGCACUAAAUCAAAGAGGGCACACUGUGAUGGCUGAGAGGUGAACCAUACAAGAAAGUCCUUUUUUCCCCAAGACCCCUGUAAGAAAAAUAUUGACAGGGUCGGAAACAUGAAUUGUUUCUUUGUUCUGCUUGUGUGCAUCAGUCAGUCCAUUUAAAAAAAUAAAUAAAUAAAUAACAUGACAAGUACCAUAUUCACUUGUCAUGUUUAUCACUUCGGAAAGCAGCCGAGAAACAGUACGUAUGAACAUACUGUUGGAUUUCAGUAACGGACAACUUCCCAUCUGGAAAUUGCUAGAAAUUGAAACUCGGUUCUCUACAACUGUAAUGCAUGGUGAAGUAUGAAGGGCCACAGACAGAUUAGUUUUCAAGAUACAAAGGUCAUCGAGACCUUGAAUUGAGGCGCACAAACUUUUUAAAGUUUUUUUGGUACAAAUUAGACAGUAAUUUAGACCAUAAAAAAAUUUCUUUGGAGAUUUUAUCAGUCAGACAUGGAUCCUAUUGCCUUUGGUUCUUAUUAAUCAUCUGCUAAUUUUACACAGAGGCAACAAGCACCAGAAUCUUUUUACUUUCCACUGUGUUUCAAGACACUCUUUACCAAAUUUCAUGCUUUAAUGACUUAAAAUGCCACAGUCACAAUUAAUUUUCUGGAUUAACAUCAUCAUGCCAAAAGCAUUUUUCCAAAAACGGGUUUCUGGAUCCCCAAAGCCAAACCGCCAGAAGUUACCAUCUUGAGAGACGGCCCAAGGUAGUGCUGGGCGAUAGGACGAUACAUAUCGUGGGCACGAUAGAAAAUGUCUAUCGUGCCAUUUUUAUUUUUAUCGUUUCGGGCGAUAGGUUGUAUUUAAUCCAUAGAGCUUGUGCCAUCAGAUGAUUCAUAGUAACAACAACAAUAAUUGCACAUUCAGUAAGUGUAUUUGGUGUCGAACGGGAAAGAAAACAAUAUUUUCUUACAAAGAAAAGGAUGCGUUGACAUGUAGGCUUGCAUUUCUCUUUCGAUUUUGCGACAUGACGCCGCUUUACGUGCCCUCUUCGUGUCCAGCGUCUCCCGCCGUUGCGGGUUACCUGGGUUACACACGUGAGGGGAUCAUUGUAAGCAGUGCUUAAUUUGUGCCGGAGCAAGUCGGAGCGCGAUCCGGGACCUCUUUUGAUCGGAUCCGGGACCUAUUUCAGCCGCUCCGGCACCUGUUUCAUCUGCUCCGGGACCUUCCCUGUAGAGGAUGACAUUUUUCGGGAAUUCCCGUGGGUCACGUGAGUCCCGCGGGAAUCCCACGGGAUGGGAGUCAUUUUUUAAUUAAUCCCUUGAUCGGGACGGGACGGGGAAAAAGGCAACGGGAGUGGGCAGGAGCGGGAACAACAUUAAAAGAUGAUCAUUUUCAGCCGUGUUUAACAACCAGAUGAACAGGUGCGUCCAUUUUUGUAGUCAUCUCUCAGUGAGAGCCAACACUCUUGACCGCGCUAGCAACACAAAAGAACUACAACAGUGGUUUGACUUCCUGUCAGCUGGGAGCGCGGCUGCGCAUUUCUACCCUUCAAGCCAGCAGCAAGGAAACGUAAUUUUGUGACAUUCUGUAGUUUUUCAAUCAUUUCUGGAGUCGUGGCGAAUCAAAUCACCUUACCUGUCUGCCCCUGAUAGGCGAAUAAAGCGCUCGGAUUCAUGCUCGGGUCUUCCUACGUGCUUCAAGAGUAAAGUAAACAAUGAUGGAGGCAGAGAGCAGCUUUGGAGGAGAAACAUCUAGCAGUGUGAACAACCUCUUCAAAAGAGCCCUAAAGACCUACCUUUUUAAUAAAGCCUUUGGUUAACUUUCCUCUAUGCUUUUACUACCUUGCCUCUUACAUUGUAACUCUAUAUUUUUUAUUUUUUUAAAUUCUUUUUUUAUGCCAAUCUGUGACUGUCAUUCUAUUGCUUUUUUAUUGUUGCUGCUCUUUUUUUACUGUGUACUGUAGCACUUUUAGAUUUUUUUGUAAAUGUAAAGUGCAUUACAAAUUAAAUUUAUUAUUAUUAUUAUUAUUAUUAUGGAGUGCUUUGGCUCACACUAUCGGCGUUUUCUGUGAGUGUUGCAUAACUUUGGGUGAGCGCAGACAUGAACGCACUUCAGCCACGUAUUUAUUUAUUCAUUUUUCUAGUUUUAAGUGCUGGUCUUGUACUGGUACUGUACUAGUGCAGCUCUAUACACUUAAAUUUUUCAUAGAACUGAAAGCAUACCAUAGCUAUAUCGUGAUAUAUAUCGUUAUCGUGAUAUAAAAUGAUCCAUAUCGUGAUAUACAUUUUUUUCCAUAUCGCCCAGCACUAGCCCAAGGUAUGGGCUCAGUAAAAAUCCGUGUGAAAAAGGUAGCCAAAGAACAUCCUGAGUACUGUUGCCGGGCCCCGACCUAUUUGUAAUGAUGUGGGACACUUGCACAACAGCCAGUUAGAAAUAAAACAAGCUCCUUACGGAGUGAGAUUUAAUAUGGAUUAAUCACUUCAAAGGAUUCAGACAGGGUCAUUACUGCCUGUUUCAGGACUGCUGACUUUUCGAACCUUAAGUUAUUACAGAGGAAGGUGUAGGAACCAGUCCUGGAUAUCAGUGAUCAGUUAUAGUGACUUUGACAGCUCUAAAAGCAAUCUGUAGGUUCAGAAUAAUACAAAUCAGAGUACUUUAUUCAUCCUGGAGGGGAAAUCUAGUCGUGGUUAACCCUGUUGUUGCACUCAUACUGUAAAUGAGAGGCAGGAUUGUUCACACACACACACACACACACACACACACACCUGUCAUGACUAUGGAAACACGGUCUGGUUCACAGCUAUCAUUUAAACCCUGAAUUACCUUUUGUAAAACAUAUCAUUUUCAUGCAUCUCUUCAGUCGAGGGUAAAGUGCUUGCUUUUGCACUCCAACAAACCCAGGCCUGCCUUUUAAACACCUCUAUAUUAUCUCUCCUCUCCUUUAGGGAACUUACUGGACCAUCCACAUCACCCCAGAGCCAGAGUUCUCCUAUGUCAGUUUUGAAACCAACCUCUCCCAGACAUCCUAUGAUGAUCUGAUCAGUAAGGUGGUGGAGGUGUUCAAGCCAGGAAAAUUUGUGACGACUCUUUUUGUUAACCAGGUGAGUUCAUGAAAGAUGAGCUGUGAAUGAUGAGCAUGAUCAGAGUUAUGGAUCUGGAUCAAGCUCUUAUCUUCUUCCUCCAUCCCCCCUGCAGAGCUCCAAAUGUCGCAGUGUCUUUUCUUCAGCCCAGAAGCUCGAGGGCUACAAGCGCCUCGACCGCCAGCUGGCUCAGUUCAACGACUACAACUUUGUCUUCACCAGCUAUGUCCAGAACCGCCAGCAGAACCAGCAGAGCUGAGAAUCCAUCAUGAAGAGGCAGAAAAAGAGAGGCCGCUGCUUAGGCCCCCCCUGCCUCAGCUGGCUUCAUCCCCCACUAGAGAGUUUGUUGUCCCCCUUUCCCCUCGUCCUGCCCUUCAUCCCCUUCCACUGCUGCCGCCGCCAUGGUGGUGUAAAGUUUUUUGGUGCUGAGGAGGCGGCGGUGGUUCCCUCUUUGACCUCCAGUUUGAGUUGUUUGCAUUGUUGUUCCUGUGACUUAGAUCUCUUGCAUGAAAGCUCUUUUCUCUGUUUCGAUAUUCUAGCUCACUCUUGCUGUGAUCUUGAAGUGCAUGUAGAGGAAUUAAACACGCUCUGUUUGAGGCUGUCCACCUAUGCCCAGUACCACAGUCCCUCCCUGCAGGUGUCGCCCCUCAUCCCCCACAGACAAGGCUUCCGCCCGCACUAAGCCAAGGCCCUGAGAUGCUCAGAUCAGCUGUCUGUUUUGGUUACAGUAAACCUCAUAUUGCCUUGUUCACUCCUUUGUUUGGAAAUUGGUAUUUUUGAAUCAAGACCAUUUCCUGGGUGCACUUUAAAAUCCUCAAGGUCCGAGAAGAUGCCAACCUUAUUGAAUGUAAAGGUCACAGUGAGCUUUAGCCAUACUAAUUGUUGGUUUGUUGGGAUGUAUUUGACCUUAAAAAAGAAUCCCAUACUGGCUGUCUAAUGUGGUAUUAUUGAAAUUAAUGGUUAAAAAUUAAAGAAGAGAUUCUAUGCUUUGCUGGGCUUUUUAACUCCGCUGUACUCCACCUUGACAAUCAGAGCAGAGAGCGUUGCUGUGAGGGUAACACCUUUACACUCAGGAACAUUUGAAACCAAAUUUAACUCCAUACACAGGAUGACCAACUGUGCACAUGUCUGUCUCUCCUUCUAAGAUAUUUCCAACACACUCACAGAAAGGAUAACAGAGGCUGUAAAUACGAAUGCAUAAGAAAAUGUAUUUCAGCAACAUCUAACUAAAUGUGGAGAGAAAGUCAAUAAUGCAAAACAAGUGUAAAUCAUUCAAGCUGUGCUGUCACAUUCAGGCAGUUUAAUGUGUUUCUAAUGUUCAUCUUUAAUAACUUAAGACUAGAGUCAAAGUGUGGUGAAAACUUAAGUUACUGACCAGAAACAGACGCGUGAAGAAGCAGCACAUGGUUUUGAUUCCACAAAGGAACAAAACCAGCUCUAUAUGUGAAAGUGGAAUAAUCACUUUAUAAAAUAAAUAAAAGAUACACUAGAUAAAUAAGAUUAAGUGUAUUAAUUGGAUUUAAAGAGUUGCUUUAAUGCUUUCCAUAUAUAUUUUUAGUUACAAAUAUGAGGUCAAAAGUGUUGGAGUAAUCUCGGGAUGACACUGCUGAGAAAAAAGGAAAAAAAGAGAAAUAACCAGGACUAAAAGACAGAGAACACUGACCCAGUCAUAAAUAUCGUGCUUUGUUCUUUGGUGUUGGAAUUUUUUUUUUUUUUAUUCCUUUCAAACAUUCCAGAUCAGAUUUGAGGUUCAAAACAUACUACCAUAUUUGAAUAUUUGACAUUUUCAAUUAAGAAAUACCACUUUGUGGUAUGGCAACAGUGGAGGGGGCUUCUAAAUAGGUGGGUUCCAAAAUACUGAGUUCUGAAACAUUUUGUUUCAAGAUUACGGCUUCUAGAAUGCUGAGUCCUGGAGAGUCAGGUUCUGGAAUGUUUGUUUUUAAAUGCUGAGUUCCAGAAUGUGCUCUGAAGUGUCUUAAAGAGACAGUAACUGAAAUGAGUGUUUUCGAAGGAAGGGUUAAUUAAUCUGCAAAAAGGAUCAUGAUUUACAUACGGAGUUUGAGCAGAACAUACACUCCGUAAACUGACCACAGUGAUGAUCUCAGCACAUUUAUCAGGUCCUGUAGAUGUUUCUGUGGGGUGUUAUACACUACGCUGCUGGAACUCUGACAGUAUACAGUCAUGAUGGCAUCAACACCACAAAAGAAAAUUUACAAGUUACACAAAACACUUUUGUUACACUCAAGGCGACUGUCCUCUGGUCCAUGUAACACCCCAGAGAGAGUGUUUAUGAAUCACUAAAGGUGUGUGCACUUUGUGUCAGUGUGCUGUCGGUUAAGCCCUAGCUGCAUGAAGACCCCCACCCCCCUCCCCCUUGUCCAUCAUCUUUGAAUGUAAAAACUCUUCAGGGCUAAAGCUGGAUAGAGUGUGAGCUGAAUGUACCCCCCCCCCCCCCGAGUGGGCCACCCCACCACCCACCACUGAGCUGGCGAGGCGGCCCUGCAGGCUUCGCUCUGCUCUCUGAAUGGGAAAUCAUGAAUCAGACUCUUUUUGCUGAGUUGCCCAGCAAAGCGUUUUUCUUCUUCCUCUACAUAAUGUGAGCGUGUCUCUGUCCCUUUCCGCCCCAUACAAAAAUGAGGGCGAGCACAAUGGAGGCCGGCGGUCUGAGCAUGCCAGGUUGCUCCCGGAUCAUUCCACAUGGAAGCUCUGCAGAAAAGUGCCGUUUAAUUCGAUUGAUUGUGCCCAGACGGCUUUUGCAAUGAACUGGUCCAAACGUGACCCCCAGCAGUUUUCUUUCUUUCCCCUUUGUUGCUCACUGGGGGAACAUCCUGUCACACUAUGGUACAUGUGACGACUUGUGGCAUGUUGCUUGAUAGUGUAGUGUAGCGCCGUCCCUUCCUCCUUUUGUCCGCGUGCUUGCGCCCUCCUCUGGUUGAGCUUUUUUCUGCUGCAUCCUGACGUCUUUUCUGGUCGGUGGGGGUUCUUAUUCUCUUAUUUAUUCCCUGCAUUAGUUCAGUUUGUUGUGCCGUGCUGACAGCAGGUCACAUGUCUUAUUUAUUUACUCUCUGAAUCAGUUGUCCUAAGCUUGCCCUCUCCGCCUGCUGUCAGGCUUUAGUUCAGGACGUUUGAGCCGUGAGUUUGCAGGACUCAGACCUGCCUUCAAGGCUGCCAUGCAGCUUGUUCUGUUCUUUUGGCGUUCAGCGAUUAUUACAUCAGAAAGCCCUAUUACCUGAGGCACCUGGCGAGCUGGGAGUGGGUCAUGUGAGAGCAUGGCGUUUGGAGUGGUUUCAUUCUUUUCAUAUGGACCAAUCUCUGCUCUCCGUGACUUACUCCUUGGCCAUUAUUGCUGCCAUAACGGUUUGAGUUCCUAAAAUUUGUAAGUUUGGUCUAUUACCCACUCAGAUGUUCUGGAUCAGGCCUAUCUGUUCCUAUCUGUUUUCUUUUUCUUUCUUUUUUUUUUUUUUUUUUUUUACAAUGAACUCGGCAUUUUGCAGUUAGAGGGUAAAUCCAGAAUUUUCUACAAUCACAGAUUUUGUAUUUCUGCUGCGGACCAACUCUCUCUCUCUCUCUCUCUCUCUCUCUCUCUCUCUCUCUCUCUCUCUCUCUCUCUCUCUCUCUCUCUCCUGUUUUUGUCCAGAGUUUAGCUGUUGUGGGGUUCAGGGAUAAUUUGCCUUUAAAAGUUUAUGAAAACAUGUAAUUUCUUUGACUUCCUCACUUCCUCUUCCUCCCAGAGAGGAAGGGGAGUGAAAACCUUCCUUGGGUAAGAGUGGGUACAGUUGCAGGGUGUAUCAGGAUGGAGAAACUUUGCUGUUCUAAUUCUUUCUUUUAUUGUUCUUUGGAUUGUCAAGAUGUGCUAAAUAUAUCUGUGCUAUGAGCUUGAUGCUUCAAUAAAAAGAUAUUAUCUGUGAAAAUGC